GGGUUGCUCGCUUGUGUUCGCUCACUCACUCGAUUUGCAUCGGUGUAGUUUCUACUGCACACGUUCUCCAUGGCUAGCGGGGUCGUUCUGUGACUUGGACGCUCGCCACCCAGUCAGGCUAUCUAGUUUGCCGUCCGUCUGUCUGUCUCAUUCGCUGCUGUUUGUUGCGAACGGCGGCGGCGGCGACGACUCGCUCGCUCGCUCGCUCAACUGUGCGUGCAGAUUCGGCUACGGCUCACGAAAAGUUGUUUUUGUUGAUAUUUUGGAAGAAACGCUGGUGAAGUCAGCAUGGCAGAUCCUGGAUCAUUUAUCCCAGCAAGCCAGCGCCCCGACGGGACGUGGAGGAAGGCCCGUCGAGUCAAGGAGGGAUAUAUACCGCAGGAUGAAGUGCCGAAAUACGAAUCUCGGGGUCGUCAAUUGGCUCGUGCAAUGAAACCAGAAUUCCCUCCGGGGUUGAGUCCAGCUCAGAUGGAGGCCUUCAAAAAGAAACAAGCAGAAAUCGCGAAUCCCGAACUAGCGGCAGCUAAUAAGAGUAAAAAGAAGAAAAACAAAAAGAAACAACAAGCGAAAGAGAGCAAAGAAAAUAAUAAUGUCGUCAACAGCGAUCAGAAGCUGAACCAGGACGUGAUAUCGCUCGAGAACGGUGUCAAAACGCUCACCGUGAAUUCGUCAGAGGAAAAUGGCGCCGAAAAGCCGUCGGACCUCUCGAAACGGUUACGAGCAUUACGGAAGAAAGUACGUGAGAUAGAAAGUCUUCAGGAGAAGAUUACCACAGGAUCGUGCCAACCAAACAAAGAGCAAAGUGAGAAGAUCCAACGGAAAUCAGAAAUCGAAGCUGAAAUUCGCGCUCUCGAAGAACAGCAGCAGGAGCUCACGAGCUAGCUGAUAGCCAGACAGUGGGGGCAGCCGCGCUAAUUAUUGCCGUUCGCAUCUCGAAAUAUCACCGCCAUCUCGGUCAUAAUCUCAAUCCAGUCCACCCUCAUCGCCACAAACAUAGUCAAUUCUCUAUUGGACUCUCUCGAUAAUGAGAGGGAUUCCUGUAUCGGACUCGAUUGACCUGAUUUGGAACGAUCGCGGUGUCUAUCCAUUCAACAUGGAUCGUACUCCAAUCAUCGCCCUUGCAAUCAACGAAACCGUUCAAAGCCACUGAGGCGGCACCGAGUCGAGGGCGCUCGCGCAGUGGCCACCUGCACGAGGACUUGCAGUCCCACCCACCUCUGAUGGUUCAAACGUCG